AUGGCCGUGUUGGUAGUCUAUGGCAACAAUGCCAAUCUAGUUGCUGAAGACAACGCAGCGUUGAGGGCGACAGUCGUUUCUUACAUCGUCCUUCGCUUCUCACAGAUCUGCUUCUAUGCGCUUUACAGCAUCGCCAGUCACCACCACCGGACUCAAAAUCGUGCUUAUUUCCUUCUCAUCUCCAUAAGCAUAUGUAUCUGGAUACCGCUACUAUUUGAGUCUGUCAGUGUCCGAACCAAAGUUGCCGUUGCAAUUAUUGGGAUCAUUUACGAAGAGGUCUCAUACGUCCUGACCUUUGGGCCUUGGGUAGCGAGAUGGCUCAACCUUGACUAUACAACUGCAGUUGAUAUUGACCAUGAGAACGAUCGUUAUACGGCAUUCACAAUCCUCGUUCUAGGAGAAUUUACGUAUGCAAUCCUUGUCGGCUCUCCGGCAAAGGGUGGGCUGAAUCUGAACGUCAUGCGUGCUAUUUGGACCUUAGUCAUAGCUUUCUGCUUCAACUCGAUGUAUGUGUACUGCGAUGGGUCAGUCGAUCAUAAACACCCAAUUCGCCGGGCUGUCUGGAGCGCUUUUGCGUGGCUUUUGAUCCAUUUGCCACUGUCUGGUGGCCUUUUGGUGGGUGGGCACAUCUCAGCGGCCACGGUGAGGAAUAGUCAUCUGACCCCGGGACAACGAUGGCUAUGGGGAGGCGGACUCGGUGUCGGGACCUUUUGUCUUUUCCUUAUUGCUCUGCUCUAUGAAGACAACGAUCAGGAUGGAUUGCUGAGGUUUUCUAAGACACUGCGACUUUGGCCCCGAUUGGCGCUUUCCCUAAUAUUCAUUCUCUUGCCGAUAACCUCAGAGGACCAGAUCAAUUCUACCCAGCUUGUCUCUAUCGGCGCAGGCUUGACGCUUGCGGUUGUUGCAUGGGAAGUUUUUGGAAGUCUAGAGCGGGACGUUGGUCUAUUUGAAAGCUGGCGCAAACACGAAGCUGACGAACUGGACGAUGAAGAAGUUCCCAUAAACCAAUCUGAGGAUGAUCGUCAGCACUAUGAGACUUUCAAUGACGGUUCAUAG